AAAAUCGUUGAAUUAUUUUAGGUUCCUGACUUGUGGCGGUAAACUGAAAACGUCUCGUAUAGCCUCCCAUGGAGGAAGCAAAGCCACGAGGUCCCCAGCCGAAGAUUCAUGAACUCCAUUGACGCAAUUCAUCAUCCCGACCGACAACAUUUCCCAAUUUCCAUGACUUCCUUCUCAGCCAAAUUUUGUAUUCCUAAAGUAUUUAUCGGCGCGAAAAUUAGGGUUUCGAUCUUGGAAAUGUGAUCAGCCAUGGCGGAUCACUACAGGUUGCUAGGAGUCACAAAAAGCUCUUCGAAAGAAGAAAUCAAAGAAGCAUUUCGUAAAUUGGCGAUUCAAUAUCAUCCAGAUAAGCAUGCUCAAUCCUCCAAAUCUGCAAGAGAUGCUGCCACUCUUAAAUUCAAGCAGGUUUCUGAAGCUUACGAGGUUCUCGUUGAUGAUCGUAAGCGUGCUGCGUACAAUUUAAGCCGCUACAACAAAAAUUCUAGUUAUUCUUACCAUAAUAACUAUGAUCCCAAUUACUACUAUCGCGGUGGUUCUUAUCAUCGCCCUCCGCCAUUUUCGUCCCAACCACAUCGUUUUAUGUUGAAUUUGGAUGCCUUUUUUCGAUAUAUGACGACUCGUGCUUUUCUUCUAAACGUUGCGUUUGCCGGGCUAUUACUUGGUGGGACAGUAGCAAUUGACAUGGGUGGAGAGGCUUUGUGGAAGAUGCAAAAUCCAGGGAAAUCAUUCGAAGAAGUUAUGGAAUCAAUUGAAAAGAAGAAAGGGCAUAAAGGCCACGAAUAGAUAUAUGCUGCUAUUGUACUAGAAUCGAAACAACCUGCGUAGAUCGUGCUACCAAUUGACGUUUUCGAUAGAUCAAGUCGAGAGUAACAAAGGUUAGAGAAAGAGGGUGUUGUAGUUGUUUGAAUAGUGUAAUUUUACAUCUCCAAUUUUGAUGAAGCCUGUCAUAUGAAGCUCUUACAAUUUACAACCUACGCUGUGGAAUGUGGACUGUGCAUUAGUUCUGCCUCCCAGACUAUUCCGUCCCAAUCAAUGCGACUCGAAUGUAUCAGUGAGAGUAAAUGUUUCGAAUUUGUAUAAUGUGCUUUUUAUGUUGUAAUUGUAUAUUUGUAUAUUCGUGGAUUUAUUACAUUAUUUAUUGAUAACGAUAAAACUAAUGAGAGAUUGCUCAAAAUAACUCACAUUUCA